GUGAAGAGAGGUCGACCAUGUUGAAAAAGGGAAACACAACAAAAGAGACGCGUUGGCUGAGGCGAAUUGACCGAUUUUGAAACAAAUAUACUGCUGAGUCGGUGAAUUACCACAACAUACACACAAGAACUCAUCGUCGAGAGGAGCAAAGGGUGACAGAGGUGGAGGUCUAGUUGGAAGACCACAAGGAGGAGAGGUUACACACUAAUCUCCGCAUGCCCACACAUUUACUCACACUUGUACACACACUCUGACACUGACACCAGGUCAGCAGUCCCAGUCUUUGAAGUUGGGUGAGGCUAUUUGAAAGCGUAAAGCUGUACUGUGCUUUGGACUUUUGUCUCCCUGGAGUUUUGCGUUUUCCACAGACUUUGCGGAUUUUGAACCUCAGAGAAACUGCUUUUGGACAGAUGUACAAAUAAGCUGUAAAACUGGAUAGCGCUUUUGAACAGGACAUCAAAAGGAUUAAGUCUCGCACAUCUUGGAAUAAAAAAUUGUGACGAACUGGAAAGAAAGGCCCCAACAUAGAUAAAUACAGACACAUUUAAAGACUAAGAGAGAGAUUGAACUUCUUGAGCCGAAGAGAAGCAUUUUGGCAAUACGCUCUCCUUAGUUUAUCUUGCCUUAGCUGUUCUGUUGCAGGAACCUGCUUGUGUAUAAUUUUCUAUACCCUCUGCAGGUGUACUAUUUAUGCAUAUAAAUGUUUAUUUCUCUUCGUUUGGAAGAGCUUUCUUGUUAAACCUAUUCUUGUGAAGACAGUUGCUCUUAUUUGAAGAGGUCACACUGUACGUGUACAUAAACCUGUUUGUAAAUAUAUAAAGACUUUAUCAAUAUCAAGUUCUGAUUGCAGCAUUGAGAACAUUGUAAAUAUUUUAUUAGAACUUUUGUAAGGCCUAGUGGUCCAUUGUAAAAAGUGAAAAAAGGCGCAUCAGAAAAAGCAACAAAAGGAGAAGAGGAUGGCUAGCGCAAGGACGGAGAAUGUGGGCCCCGUCGUAAUGGGGAUCAACAAGCAGAAUGGGCAGUUCAGAGGACAGCCUAAGCCGGCCUCUCAAUCAGGACCCAUUGUUGGAAGUGGUCAGUCUGGAAAGGUUCCUACUGGAGGCCAAAAAUCUGCCGGCGGCUCUCAAGAAGGGCCUGGAAUCAGGUUUGGCGAUGACUGGAAAAAGAGCCUACAGCUUCCACCCAAAGACAAUAGAGUCAGAACUUCAGAUGUGACCGCCACCAAGGGGAACGAGUUUGAGGAUUACUGUUUAAAGAGGGAGCUGUUGAUGGGAAUCUUUGAAAUGGGCUGGGAGAAACCUUCCCCCAUCCAGGAGGAGAGUAUACCCAUCGCGCUCUCUGGCCGUGACAUCCUGGCUCGUGCGAAAAACGGAACAGGAAAGAGUGGGGCUUACCUGAUUCCUAUGCUGGAGAGGAUAGACCUGAAGAAAGACCACAUCCAGGCCUUAGUACUGGUGCCCACCCGUGAGCUUGCCCUACAGGUCAGUCAGAUCAGCAUCCAGCUCAGUAAACAUCUAGGUGGAGUCAAAGUUAUGGCCACCACUGGUGGGACCAACUUACGUGAUGACAUCAUGCGUCUCGAUGAGACUGUGCAUGUUGUGAUAGCUACACCAGGCAGGAUUCUGGACUUGAUCAAGAAGGGAGUUGCAAAAGUGGAUAAAGUUCAAAUGAUGGUUAUGGAUGAGGCUGAUAAGUUGCUUUCCCAGGACUUUGUGGUGCUUAUCGAGGACAUAAUUGGCUUCCUUGCCAAGAACAGGCAGAUUCUACUCUAUUCUGCCACCUUUCCCACCAGUGUACAGAAAUUCAUGGCAAAGCACCUGCAAAAGCCCUAUGAGAUUAAUCUAAUGGAGGAACUAACCCUGAAAGGCAUCACCCAAUACUAUGCCUAUGUCACUGAGAGGCAGAAAGUGCACUGUCUUAACACACUCUUCUCAAGGCUGCAGAUUAAUCAGUCAAUCAUCUUCUGCAACUCCACUCAGAGAGUGGAACUCCUGGCCAAGAAAAUUACCCAACUGGGCUACUCUUGUUUUUACAUCCAUGCCAAAAUGAUGCAGGAGUACCGAAACCGUGUUUUCCAUGACUUCAGAAAUGGACUGUGUAGAAAUCUGGUCUGCACAGAUUUGUUCACUAGAGGAAUCGACAUCCAGGCUGUGAAUGUGGUCAUCAACUUUGACUUUCCCAAGAAUGCAGAGACCUAUCUGCAUCGUAUUGGGCGCUCAGGGAGGUUUGGCCACCUUGGUCUUGCCAUUAACCUGAUCACAGCAGAGGAUCGAUUUAACUUGAAGGCCAUUGAGGACCAGCUGGUGACUGAUAUCAAACCAAUCCCUGGCAGCAUUGAUAAAAGCCUGUAUGUGGCAGAGUACCACACAAUGAAUUCUGAGGUGGAGGCAGAGGAGAGGGAACAACUGGCAGGGAAACUUCAAACCUCCUAAGACAAUAAAAGAAACAAACCUGGCUUUGCACAAACAUCAGUGUUUGCACACACCAGCGUUUGGCGUUAAACUUUUUGUUUUGUUUUGCUUCCCAUCUCCCCUCCCUACAUGCAGUUAAAUUUUGUGCCCUGAAACCUGGCAGUAGUUUUUGUUUACUUGGUUUUUUGUUUUGUUUUGUUUUGUUUUGUUUUUUCUUCUUCAAAAAUGUAUGUCAAGACUUGGAUCGUCAGCCAGACUUGUAUUAUGCUUUGCACCAGGACUUGAGGUUGACUUUGAAGGAAAAACCCUAUACAUUCCAGAGUCCAUUUGAGACUUGCAAUAAAAAGGCUCAAUCAAGACAUGCAAGUCCAGGUUUACUUGAUAGUGAAACACUUGCAAACACCUCUGAUAAAAUAAUAAUAAAUAAAAGCAAGAGGGGAAAAGUGCACAGGAUUCAUUCUGUAGAUUGAGUGUUACUGCUUGUUUUUACUACAUAUCAGCUGAAUAGAUGAGAGAAUACUCAAGGUGAAGUUCUGACUGGAUACAGCUCUAUUCACUGGCUACAGGAGUAUAAAACUGUGCCACAGUCUGCCAGAUACAAACAUUUUUUUACUCACUUAAGUGCCUUAACAUGUCUCCUCAGUUGCGGGCUAACUAAAAGCUCUAGAUGUAUCUCUGAUAAAAUAUAUGAACAACUGUUAGAACAGUGUCCCAGGCUUGAUAUUAAAAGAGGCCAAUGCUUGCCUUUCAUUGCAGCUCUUUCAUUAGAGCUGAAUUAAAACUGAAAAGAAAGAGUUCAUAUAAACUAUAAAUGGAAGGCAUCUUGUUGGCGAUUUCGACAGCUGGCCUUUAACAUCAUUCACAUGAUCGUUGCACCAACUGUCCAAGUAAUCAGAAGGAAGCUCUAAAAAUUCCAGCCUCCCAUUGCUUUUGGACAUGAUGCACCUGUCUGGGGAUAUUUUGCAAUAAGACAUGGCAGCUAAAGAUGAUCUUUUUACCUCCUUGAAGGUUUGUUAUUGUUGUUGAGUCAAGCCUUUUUAAUGUUUCUAAUGUUUGGAUUAACAUUCCUGGCCUCAGCAUGGUCAGUGGGAGCAGCCUAAUGUCUGAAGGAGAAAUUUUUCGAGCAUCAUAUUUCAGACUCAAGUUUUAAUACUAAAUCAAGGGCAUCCAACUGCAAAUGAGUUGCAUAAAAGAUUGUGAACAAGGUCUGAGCACUGUGGAGACACAUACUUUAUCAGAGGUGUUUGCAGGUCCAUUUAAAUGUUUAAAGGGCAAGAUUUUUUUUCCCCUUUCUUUUCCUUCUUUGAAGAAGUUCUGCAUGCAAAGCAUAGGAAUUAAUUUUAGGAAAUAGAUUUCAGGCUCAGUUGCAUUUGUGUUUUUUUUUGUUUUUGUUUUUUCCCCCUCAGAUUGUUCUUGUCCUUCAUAUUGGUGAAUGUCUGAACUGGUAGCAUAAAUGAGUCAACAAAUGAAAGUUAAUUGUUUUUGUUUUUUUGUUUUUUUCUUUUCUUUAAGUAGCUUUAUCGAUCCUUUAUAAAUAUGGAAGACCUUUUUUUUUUUUUUCCCCCCUUCCCCUAAAUGGCUUCUAAAAUUUGUAUUGCAUUUCUAAAUUACAGAAUGUGUUUAGAUUGAAUAAGAAUAAUUAUUUUAAAGCAAAACUGUAGCAUCUUCUAACUGUGGCAGCUCUAAUUGUCCCCUCCCCACCCCCCUUCAAAAAUAUUUUCACUGCAAAUUUAACGCAAAGAAAAACUACUACAUUUUUGCGGAGUGGGUUGUCUUUUUCCCCUGUCCUCUGCUUUGGCCAAUAUGCUUUCUGAGCCAGGCUGGACAGCGUGUAGCUCUGGUGCAGAAACAUCAAUAUUUUUUAUUUAUUUUUUUUUCUUUCUUUCUUGGCUCUGAAUAAGCCUAGUAAAGCUUUUGGCUUUUGUGAAGAGCUGACUUUGCCUCAGCGGUGCUAUGAUGUGCUUAAGGCAGUUACACAUGAAACGUCCAUUCAUAAUGACUAUUAGCAUAAUUCUGCCCCUCAAACUUUGUGCUCUGGCAAUGCAGAAGGGCUGCACUAAAAAUGGAUUAAAUUGGCCCACGAUUUUAUUGUUUCAUAUUUUGAAUAUUGCCUCGUAUUGCAAUUGCGAUGCACUGCAAUAUAUUAGAAUGGUAUUGCUGAGACAGAAAUGUGACCCAAAACUCUGGCAUUUACACAUUUGCCCGUUGUCAAGUCUUGGAGAUAUCAGUAUCAUUGAGCCACCAUUGAGAGAACCUUUAGCAGUAUGUUGUGCUGCCCUAGUGUAGAUCACAGCUACAGAGCAGAAUUAUUCUCAAGGUCUUUUUUUUUUUUUUUUCCCCUUUU